AUGGAGAAAAAAUAUGCUGAAAAAACUGAUAAUGAGCGUAAACAGUACUCUGAUAUACUGAAAACUGAUCGGAUAGGAGAUAAGAUAGCAAACAAGACUUCUGACAGCAAGAUAGUUCCAAGAGUAGUAGUUCAGAUGCAUGAGGACGCCGAGGUUGACAGGCGACAUCUGAUAGAUGACACUAAUUUCAAAUUCAAAGCAAGACAACAACAACAAAGUAAAUUCACGUCAACAUCAAAGAAUCAGGGCAAUAAAGAAAUACAUAUCAGAAAUAUUAAUAAUGAAACAUCAUACAAUCACGACGGUUUUGAAAGAGUUCAACGCAGAAGACCUAAAUCUAGACGACUUGGUACAACGAGAGUCUCCGAAGAAGAGGAAAAAACAGGUUUUGUUGGAGCUGAAAGAAGAGCAUGGAUAUAUCUUUAUAGAAUAAAACGACAUGUUAAAGCUCAACAAGUAGAAGAAUAUGUGAAGAAAAACCCGGCUUUCACCAAUGAAAAGGUCGAAGUGAAAGAGUUACCAAAUAAUAAAUCAUAUCAGAGGGACCCACAGAAGCAUGUGAAGAACAACCAUGAAUACUCUAAUAAGGUGGGUAACUACAGCAUUAUUCAUCAAAAUAUACAAUCUUUGGGAAACAGUAUAGAUCAGGUUGAACAACUUUUGAGGGAAAAUACAGAAACUUUAAUACUUUGUAUUACAGAACACUGGAGGUCAAGAAAUCAAAUCACUCAGAUUGGUAUUCAAGGCUUCAGACUAAUGUCCUGUUUUUGCAGAGAGGAGGGAAAGCAUGGAGGAUCAGCCAUUUACAUCAAAGAUUCUAUAGUAUGUAGAGAAUACAAAAAUACAAAUAAGCUAUCCAUACUUGGAGAAUUUGAAUUAUGUGCUGUUGAGUGUUCUCUGAAAAAGAUUAACAUUAUUGUCCUAUGUAUCUAUCGACCACCGGGCGGUUCAAUUGAGGUAUUUUUUAACCAGCUAGAGAAUAUUCUUUCCAACCAGAUAAACCUUGAAAGUACUAUUUUUAUAACAGGGGAUUUCAACAUUGAAAUGCUGGACGAAAAUAGAAAUAAGCUCAGACUGGCUACAAUGCUCAAUUUCUACUCCAUCAGAACAACUGUUGUUAACUACACCAGAGUAACUGAGCAAACUAAAAGCUGCUUAGAUAACAUAUGUACAAACCUACAUAAUGGACACACAUCGGUAAUUCUUGCAUCACAUGUAUCUGAUCACUUUGGGCAGAAAUUUGUGUUCAAUAUAGACAAAAAUGAUGAAAGGAAAUUUGUUCGCAAAAGAUUUCUCUUCGAUGAAGCAAAUAGAAUUAACUUUGUAGACCAACUGAAACAACAAACAUGGGAGGACAUACUUGUAAUCGAUAGGAAGGAUGUGAAUGAGCAGUGGAAGACUUUUAUCAAUGUCUAUUUGAACAUAUUCAACCAAAGCUUUCCACUUACCAGAAUUCAUUCCAAUAACAACAAGAAAUACAAGAAGAGUGAACGUGCUGAGGAAAUCAAACAUCAAUUAGAUAUUUUACUAGUACUUUUGACUGAUAACCCAUCUCUCAAGGAGCAAUACAAAAACAUGAAAAAGUAUUAUGACAGCAUAUUGAAAGAGGACAAAAAGAAAUAUCUUCAGGAUAGAAUAAUGAAAUCAGAUUGCAAAAUGAGAUCCAUGUGGACCAUAUGUGGAGAGUUAACAGGGAAAAAUAAACAUAGAGAAAAUAACAUCGAUGAAGAUCCAAAAUCAUUGCCAGACAAAUUUAACAUACACUUGAUUGAAGCAGUCCAAAAACUAGUAGAUGAAGUGCAUCAUCAGAAUUUCUUCUGUGAUAUAGAAGAGAAUGAUCAGUCGCUGUUCUUGAGACCUGUAAAUACUGGGGAACUAGUUAACCUGUGUUCCAGACUGAAGAACAAACAUUCCAGCGGAUAUGAUGACAUUCCAACCAGUAUUGUCAAACUUUCACUUGUACAGAUAGCAUCAGUAUUGUGUUACAUCAUCAACAACUCCAUGAAAUUUGGGAAAUUCCCUGAUCAGUUGAAAUUUGCCCUCAUAAAACCCAUAUAUAAGAAGGGAGACCGUAAUAGUCUUGAUAGUUAUAGGCCAAUCAGCUUGCUGCCCUCAUUCUCCAAAAUUUUCGAACUGGUAAUGUGCACAAGAUUGUUGGAUUUCUUCAAAAAAUGUAAUCUGUUUUUGGACUCGCAACAUGGUUUCCUGAAAGGUAAAUCUACAAAUACUGCCAUCUAUCAUUUUGUAAAUAUGAUACUCCAGGAAUUUGAGAAGAAGAAUUUAGCAAUUGGUGUGUUUUUAGAUCUUAGCAAGGCCUAUGAUUGUGUGAACCUCGAAUAUUUACUAAUAAAACUUGAAAAAUAUGGCAUAAGAGGAAAAGCAUAUAAGUGGAUUGAAUCUUAUCUUCUAGACAGAAAACAGCAAGUCAUCAUUAAUGAAAACAAAUCCAAUAUUGCAAUUAAAGAAAGAGGUCUAGCGCAGGGCAGUAACGCAGGUCCUAUUUUUUUCAUCAUCUAUAUUAAUGACCUUAUUAUGGAUGGACUGGUGAACUAUGUGGAUGACACCAACAUAUUGGUAUCUGGAAGGACCCUCCCGGAGGCAGUUGAUAAGGCGUAUGACAGUUCAUCUAGAAUCUGUGAUUGGUUCAACAGGAAUGAGUUGGCACUGAAUUCGUCGAAGACAAACAUUAUGGUAUUCAGAACAAAGAACUCCCGAGUUACUCCAACUGGCACCAUAAACCUGAAUGGCAAUGAAGUGAAACCUGUUCAUGAUAUGAGAUUUCUUGGAAUACAUAUUGAUGAAUUUUUAGAUUGGAACAGUCAUGUGGAAAAAACUGGGCUGAGAUUGAGUAGCAUUGGAUAUGGAAUCAGAGUGGUAUCCAGACAUAUGGAUGAGAGGACAUUGAAAAUACUGUACCACGCCAACUUUGAAUCGGCACCAAGUUGAAUUCAGCUCUAACUUUGGUCAUGGCUAUAAUACAAGGACGACGAAUUUCAUUUACCCUUCUCAUAGGCUUACAAGUACAGAAAAAGGAACCUACUAUAUGUGCAUAAAACUAUAUAAUAAAUUACCAUCUACAUGCAGAUUAUCUAGCUUAAUAAAAUUCAAGAAUGCCAUAAAGAAACUGCUAAUUAAACUGGAACCAUAUUCACUUAGAGAUUUUCUAGAUUGUAACAACUUGUCAGAGUUUGUAUAGAUUGUAUAUAUUGUUGUUGACAUCAUUUCGCUUCUCUCUCUGUAAUUUACUGUGGGGAUGAUUUGAAAUAAAGGAAUUUAUUAUUAUUAUUAUUA